AUGUGGGGAAAUAGUCGCAUUGUUAACUUCAUGUGUAGAUGGUCACCAGGAGGGGACGAUGAGGGACAAUCUCGUCUCGCCAGUAUUGCUGGAUAUGGAUCCUCAGAGAGCACCAGAAGCGAGGCUGCAGGGAGAGUCAUUGGUGACACCAAGCCGUCGAGGGGUAGUGGACGGAGUUGGCGGAGAACUGGCGAGGACUGGAGUGGGCAUCAGAACCUCAUCUGUGUAGAGCUCGGCGAGGCUACAGUUGCUCCCCAAACACUUGUUCCUAUCGACGCUGAUAACCGAAGCCAUUUCGAGGUUGAGGCUCCUGUGAGUGCAGUGACUAUGAAUGCUCAUUACACAACACCAUUGUUGGGUGCUGCGGAAUAUCGAACAGAAACAGCGAGCUGUUCUGCAAACGCGCUGGAUGAUGCCUCAGUCGAGGAGAAGGAGGAUAAGCUCCCUAUAGCGCCUCCCGAUCGGGCCGCCUCAUCCCAGGCAGAUGUGGUCCAGUCGAGGCAGGAUAAUAUUGUUGAGCACGUCGAGCUACCGAUAGCAGCAUUCUCGUCGGUGGAUGAGGGUCCUGCUAGGGAGACGGCUGACGAGUUGGCGAAAGCGAUGACUAGUGAGGGGCUGAAGGCUGAGAGCGACGCUCAAGGACUACUUUGGAAUGCUGGUGACAGAGCGCGCGCAGUUGGCGCUGGGUUCUGUGAUGGAGGCCUCGCCCAGCUGGUGGCUCUGGCAGCGCCCGAGACUCGUAAACUACUUGGAGUGUACCAGUCUGAUGAGACUACCAUUGAGGAGGCCAUCAACGACUUGACAGAGUGGCUCGCUGAAGGUCCUCUAGAUGGCGUACUCCUGUAG